AUGCACAUGGAUAGUAAUUUAAUAGAAGAAAACGAUUUAACAGAUCUUGAAGAGAAUGAUUGUAUUGAAAAGGUAGCAUUAAUCCUACGAAAAACGAUUUUAAAUAUUAAUAAAUUUAAAUUAAAAUCAAAAAUUAAGGCGGAGGAUUUAAUUAAUGGUGAGUGUUCCAUUCCAGAGAAAUUGGAGCUGUUUUAUAAAGUCUUGAUUGGAGGUCAAGAUAUUCGUCGAAGAGAUGGUGUCAGUUGUGACAGAUUGACUAAUUCAGUGGCCUCAGACGCUAUUUUUUGUAUCAAUAAUGGAACUGUUAAACCGUUUAAACACAUAACCCUUGGUUUGACUAUAAAAAGUCUUACAAAUACUCGAAAAGUUAUUAAUACUUUAAAUAGAUUUGGACAUUGCUGCACUAUAACACUCUGGAAGAAUUUGAAACUGAAGAAACUAUAG